UGGGAGGCUGAAUGACAGCUGUUAAAAUGAAGUUGGACUAGUUUGAUUAUGUUACACAUCUGAACUCUUGAAACGCAGCCGGCUAACCAACUGCUAUCCCGUGAAGUGAAGAGCUAGCGAGGCAAACUGAGCAUCACCAGAGCCAUUCUAGCAUCACUGUUAGCCAUGUCAACCUAGCUAGCCAGUUCUAAUCCGAAUGUGAUGAAGCACUGAGGGCUACAGUGCUGUGCUAGUCAGUUGAUGGAUGUAACAGAAGAGACAUUACAUUUUGGUGACAUUUUCCUUAGGACCGACUAACGUGUGUUCAUUAACAUGGAAAGGCUUAAGCCAUGGCUGAUGAGGGGGAGGUGGAGAGCGGACACGAGUUCCCAGCUCAUUAUAAGGUCAUGCUCGACAAGCUCAACGAGCAGCGCCAACUGGACCAGUUCACAGACAUCACUCUGAUCGUGGAUGGUCACCAGUUCAGGGCCCACAAGGCUGUGUUGGCAGCAUGCAGCCAGUUUUUUCACAAGUUCUUCCAAGACUUUAAGCAGGAGCCAUUAGUAGAGAUUGAAGGAGUGAGUAACUCGGCUUUUCAGCACCUCAUGGAGUUCACCUACACGGCCACGCUGUCGGUCAAUGGCAGCGAGGAGGUCAGUGAUGUGUGGAGGGCGGCUGAGUACCUCCAGAUGCAGGAAGCAAUCAAAGCCUUGAACACCAGAAUCAAUGGCAGCACGUCGCUGGUCUCCAGCCCAGUCCUGGCGGGGAAGAGCAAAGCCAAGAAGAGGAAGAUCGCCGAGACGUCCAACGUGAUCACCGAGACGCUGCCCUCCGUGGAGGCGGAGGCGGAGACGGUGGAGAUCGAGGUGGAGGUGGACGGCGUGGAGGACGCCUCGCUCGAGGAGGUGGUGGACGCCGCCGACGCCGCCGCCGCCCGCGACUCGUCCGACGACUCGGCCCUCGCCCUGCUCGCCGACAUCACCAGCAAGUACCGGCCCGGGGAGACGGCGCUGCAGGGAGCCGACAAGUGUCCCGAGGUGGCGGUGGCGGCGGUGGUGGAGGAAGAGGAGCUGGUGCUGCAGGAGGAGACGGUGAUGGCGCCCAAGGCCCUGGAGAGCAUCGAGGUGGUGGAGGUGCAGAUCUCGCAGCUGGACAACAUGUUCCGCUGCGACAAGUGCGACCGCUGCUUCAAGAUCUUCUACCACCUCAAGCAGCACAUGAAGAGCCACGAGGCGGCCGGCGAGGGCGGCGGCGGCGGCAACAAGCCGUUCGUGUGCCGCCACUGCGGCAAGGCGUACGCCCGCGAGGGCGCCCUCAAGCAGCACCUGAACAGCUACCACUACGAGGCCGAGGAGCAGUCGCGGCGGCAGCGGCCGCAGAAGAAGGUGCACGUGUGCGAGUACUGCGACAAGCAGUUUGACCACUUUGGCCACUUCAAGGAGCAUUUACGGAAACACACAGGUGAAAAGCCAUUCGAGUGUCCGGACUGUCACGAGCGCUUUGCCAGAAACAGCACGCUGAAAUGCCACAUGGCGGCCUGUCAGAAUGGUUGCGGAGCCAAGAAGGGCCGGAAGAAGCUCUAUGAGUGUCAGGUGUGCAACAGUGUCUUCAACAGCUGGGAUCAGUUCAAAGACCACCUGGUCAUCCACACGGGAGAGAAGCCCAACCACUGCACGUUUUGCGACCUGUGGUUCACCCAGCCCCGCGACCUCCGGAUUCACCUGCGCGACCUGCACGGCAUCCAGGACGACUCGGUGACCAGCACCACCGCCGGCGCCGCGGAAGAGGUCGUCCUCACCGAGGCGUCCGCCGCCGCCACCACCACCACCACCGUCCUCUCCGCCUCCGCGGGCGAGGUGUCGGCGGAGGGCGGCGAACUGCUCCUGACCACGGAGGACGGCAUCCGGGUGGAGCAUAUGGACGUGGUGACCGUGGAGGAGACCCUGGUGGUGGAGGCGGAGGCGGAGGAGGAGGAGGAGGAGGAGGAAGGGGUGGCGGUGACGGCAGCAGUGGCGGCAGUGGCAGUUGUCACGCACCCAGGGGACGAAGCGGCGGAGAGACUAAACGAGCACCAAACAGUGGAGAUCCAGGUCGGAGAGGUCACGCACGUGACCGUGACCGACGAACACUUAGACUCGGACGUGCACGUGGAGACCGUAGAGGUGGACGAUUCAGGCGUAGUGCAGACAGUGCAAGUAUGAAACCCAGCCUGCAGGGGGCAGGACUCACUCUGCCUGCGCCCCCUCCCUCUCUCAUAAGGAAGAGAGAGAGAGAGAGAGAGAGACGAAUUGAAUAAUAAACAAAUAGUAAUAUUUAUUUUGAAA